CUGCAGCCGUUACUCUGGGUCUGGAGGGGCUAGCUGACAAAUCCAGGAUGAAGCUCCUUUUCGUGGCUGCCUUUGCACUCGUGGUGCUGUCGACGUUGGACCGGGCUGACUCCUCGGCUUAUGACAAAAUAGUCGCCCACAGUCGCAUCCGGGCGAGAAAAGAGGGACCCAAUGUCUGCGCUCUCCAGCAAGUCAUGGGCACCAAGAAGAAGUACUUCAGCACUUGCCGUAAUUGGUACCAGGGGGCCAUCUGUGGAAAGAAAGCGAUGGUGCUUUACGAGUGCUGCCCCGGGUACAUGAAGAUGGAGGGCUCACGCGGUUGCCCCGCAGUGGCUCCUAUUGACCAUGUGUAUGGCACCUUGGGUCUGGUGAAAGCCACCUCCACCCAGAAUUACGCCGACAUUUCCAAGCUGAGGCCCGAGAUCGAGGGACCCGGGUCUUUCACCCUCUUUGCCCCGAGCAACGACGCCUGGGAGAAAUUGGACGAGACGGUGAGGAGUGCACUGGUCAGCAACGUCAACAUCGAGCUGUACAACGCGCUGCAUUACCACAUGGUCAACAAACGCCUCCUAACCAAAGAUUUAAGGAACGGAUUGGUGGUCCCCUCCAUGUACAAUGACCUCGGUCUCCUUAUUAACCAUUACUCCAACGGGGUGGUGACAGUGAACUGCGCCAGGCUGAUCUACGCCAACCAGGUCGCCACCAACGGAGUCGUGCACGUCGUCGACCGCGUGAUCAGCGCGGUAGGAAACACCAUUCAGGACGUGAUCGAGGUUGAUGACGAACUGACAACCCUGAGCGAUGUGGCUCAUAGCGCCGGGAUGCUGGAGAAGCUGGGCCAGCCAGGACAUUACACUCUCUUUGCCCCCACCAACGCAGCCUUCGAGAGCCUCGGCACCGACGUGCUGGAGAGACUUCAGAGCGACAAGCAGGCCAUUCAAGCUCUUCUGAGCUUCCACCUGCUGGACUCCGUGCAGUGCUCUGAGGCCAUCAUGGCCGGCAGCUCCUACGAGACUCUGGAGGGCAACAGCAUCGAGAUCGGCUGUGACGGUGAAAGUCUGACUGUCAACGGUGUCAAGAUGGUGCUCAAGAAGGACAUCGUCACCACCAACGGUGUCAUCCACCUCAUCGACAAAGUGCUCAUGCCAGACUCAGCCAAGCAGGUGAUGGAACUGGUGGGAAGUUCCCAGUCGACCUUCGGCGAUAUGGUGUCUGAGCUGGGCCUUUCCGCCGCCAUGAGACCUGAGGCUGAGUACACGCUGCUGGCUCCUCUCAACGCUGCCUUCACUGAUGAGGUGAUGUUCAUGGACCAGAGGCUGCUCAAGAUUAUUCUGGAGAGUCACAUCCUGAAGCAGAAGAUCGUCCUGGGACAGCUGUACAACGGCCAGCGGCUGGAGACCAUCGGGGGGAAAUUCCUGCGAGUCUUCAUCUAUCGCACGGCUGUGUGCAUUGAGAAUUCCUGUCUGAUCAGGGGAAGCAAGGAAGGAAGCAACGGGGCCCUUCAUCUCAUGAGGACUCUGUUGAGGCCGGCUGAAAAAACCAUGUUUGAGAUUCUGACGGAAAAAGGAGGGUUCUCGAUCUUCUUGUCUCUCAUGGAAACUGCCGGCUUGAGCGACCUGCUGAGACAGGAGGGAGACUUCACCCUGUUCGCCCCGAGCGACGAGGCCUUCGCUGGUCUGAGCGAGAGGGACAUGUCCCUGUUGAAGGGCGACAUGAACGCUCUCAGAACCAUCCUUCUGUACCACGUCAGCAACGGGGUGUUCAUCGGCGGCGGUCUGGAGACCGGGGUGACGAACCUCCUCAAGUCCCUGCAGGGCAGUAACCUCAGAUUGAUGUUUGCAAACAGCAGCAUGCUUGUGAAUUCUGUCCAAGUCCCCGAGUCUGAUGUCAUGGCUACAAACGGAGUCGUUCACUUCGUCAACCAAGUUUUGUAUCCCGGAGAUAUCCCAGUGGGAAGCCAAGAUUUCCUGAUGCUGUUGAAGAGGCUCAUCACCUACAUGCAAAUCAGGUACAUUUCCGGAUACAAAUAUCAGGAGAUUCCCCUCACCUUCAUGAAGAGGAUCAUCACUCGCGUCGGCCAGGAAGUUCCCCAGGUGACCAAAGUGACUCGGGUCAUCGAAGGCCAGCCCUCCGUCACCAAGGUCACCAGGGUCAUCGAAGGCCAGCCCUCCGUCACCAAGGUCACAAGGUUCAUUGAAGGCCAGGCCACCAACACAAAGGUCACCAGGGUCAUCGAGGGAGCCCCGACCGUGACCAAAGUCACCAGGGUUCUCACAGGCCCUCAGUACUCAGCCAGCAGUGGCAGCACCAACAUCGCACUAGAAGGAGACUUCUCAGAACUCGACAGCGAUAAACUUACCCAAAUCAUCCAAGAAGGUGGUUCACGAAGAACUGGCAGCAGAGUUAUAGCUGGCAGCAGGAGGAGAGGAAGGGACUGAGCGUGGACGGACGAGGGACCGUCCACCUCGUAAAGGCCGAGUGAGACUCCACAACCCAGGAGGUGGAGACGCUGUGUGUUCAGUGCAGGGGGACACACUCAAAAUGUCAAUGAUUUCAAAUAUACUGUAAAAGGUGUAUAGGCCUAACUGACAAAAAAUAAAACAAUUUCUCAUUAACAAGUUAAUGGUGCUUUUGGAAUGUAUAUCUCAUGUGCAAUGUCUUGUUUGUGUGUUCAAAUGAACAUUCCGGUCGUGAGUUUAAAGAUGGAGCAAGGCAAGGUAGCAAUAAAAUGUUUUUAUAAGGCAUUAGGGGAGCAGCGCAAACAUUUCAAUCUCAAAACUAUGGGACUUUGGCUUUUCUGGAGGUGAAGGUUGCAGCUGGGAGAUUUUUACUGGCUGUUUUGGGAAGAUUUACAAAUCUCAGCAUGAUAGAGAUUGAAAUAUGUAUUUGGUUUGGUUUUGACUUUUUGUUGUUGCGUUUUUUUCUUUCUCUGACUGUGAGUUGCUUUUAAGAUUCAUGUGAGUUUGUAACAUUCGGUUCAAUGUGGACAACGGCAGGUUCCAAUAAAAAAAAAAAAUCUUU